AAAACUCACUCUUUUCCCACGCCCACAUUGUGCGCAAGUGCAAACAAUUUUUCCAGCACGCGCUUAACACUUGCAGCGAGUCGCGAGUCAAGUCGCGUCGAGUCUCUUUCAAUUGGCGCUCGCGUUCGGUUCGCCUGUGCGGAAUAUUAUUGCAAUGCAAAUGUGAAACAAAGGCCAAAAAAAAAAAAAAAAAUUUACAUAUUUAUUUAGAUAAUAAGCAAACGCAUUAAAAACUGUAUCGAAAAAAUCAAGUGAGUGAAGUGGCUGACAACAACACAAAAAUCCAUCUGCAAUAGGAAAAACUCCAAUUGGAAUUUUGAAUUUAAGAGCCAGCUAAGACAAGUGAAGUAGGCGCCCGUUGCCGGGGAACACUAGCGAAAAUGUCGUCGGUUAAGGUAGCGGUGCGUGUGCGCCCGUUCAACUCCAGGGAGAUUGGCCGCGAGUCCAAAUGCAUCAUCGAGAUGACCGGCGCCACAACGGCCAUUACCAAUCCGAAGGUGCCACCGAACACAAGCGAGUCCGUGAAACGCUUCAACUUUGAUUACUCCUACUGGUCCCAUGAUCCCCGCGAUUCGGACUUCUCCACACAAUCGAUGGUCUACAAGGACAUUGGCGAGGAGAUGCUGCAGCACUCCUUCGAUGGCUACAAUGUCUGCAUCUUUGCCUAUGGCCAGACUGGUGCCGGCAAGUCAUACACCAUGAUGGGGCGACAGGAGGAGCAGCAGGAGGGCAUUAUACCGAUGAUAUGCAAGGAUCUAUUCGGUCGCAUACAGGACACCGAAAACGAUGAGCUCAAGUAUUCCGUGGAGGUCUCCUACAUGGAGAUCUAUUGCGAACGUGUGCGUGAUCUGCUGAAUCCCAAGAACAAGGGCAAUUUGCGUGUGCGAGAGCAUCCACUGCUCGGCCCCUAUGUAGAGGAUCUCUCCAAGCUGGCCGUCACCGACUAUCAGGAUAUACACGAUCUCAUUGAUGAGGGCAACAAGGCGCGCACUGUGGCCGCCACCAACAUGAACGAGACAAGCUCCCGUUCCCAUGCUGUCUUCACCAUCUUCUUUACACAGCGUCGUCACGACACCAUGACCGACUUGUUUACCGAGAAGGUCUCCAAGAUCAGCCUGGUCGAUUUGGCUGGCUCGGAGCGUGCUGAUUCCACAGGCGCCAAAGGCACUCGCUUGAAGGAGGGCGCCAACAUCAACAAAUCCUUGACCACACUGGGCAAAGUCAUCUCCGCCCUGGCGGAAGUUUCUGCAUCCAAGAAGAAGAACUCCAAGAAGGCAGAUUUUAUACCUUAUCGCGACUCGGCCUUGACUUGGCUGCUGCGUGAGAAUCUCGGUGGCAAUUCGAAGACAGCGAUGAUUGCUGCCAUCUCGCCAGCUGAUAUUAACUACGAUGAAACUCUGAGCACUCUACGUUAUGCGGAUCGUGCCAAGCAAAUUGUCUGCAAGGCUGUUGUCAACGAGGAUGCGAAUGCUAAACUCAUACGUGAGCUCAAGGAGGAGAUACAGAAACUACGCGAUCUGCUCAAGGCCGAAGGCAUUGAGGUGCAGGAAGGACCCGAUGGCAAAGUGGUGUGUGAGAAGCGCGAUGCGAAUAAGGAUGAGCUAAACAAGUCGUCGGUGAUCAAGUCACCAUCGAAGGGACGCAAUCGCAAUGGUUCCACCACCGAAAUGGCCGUGGAUCAGCUGCAGGCCAGCGAGAAGCUCAUUGCAGAACUCAAUGAGACAUGGGAAGAGAAACUGAAGCGCACCGAGGAGAUUCGUUUGCAGCGCGAGGCUGUCUUUGCCGAGAUGGGGGUGGCCGUCAAAGAGGAUGGCAUCACUGUGGGCGUCUUCUCGCCGAAGAAGACACCACAUCUUGUCAAUCUCAACGAGGAUCCCAAUUUGUCCGAGUGUCUGCUCUACUACAUCAAGGAUGGCCUCACCCGUUUGGGCACACACGAGGCGAAUGUGCCGCAGGAUAUUCAACUGUCCGGUUCGCACAUCCUUAAGGAGCAUUGUACCUUUGAGAAUCGCAACAGCACUGUCACUCUUUUGCCGCACAAGGAUGCCAUCAUUUUCAUCAAUGGACGCAAACUCGUUGAGCCCGAGGUGCUGAAGACGGGCUCACGUGUUAUACUCGGCAAGAAUCAUGUGUUUCGCUUCACCAAUCCGGAGCAGGCGCGCGAGCUGCGCGAAAAGAUCACUGAGAACGAGGCGGAGAACGAGGAGAAGGAGAAGGCGGACACACAGCAGGUCGAUUGGAAUUUUGCCCAGUGCGAACUGCUCGAGAAACAGGGCAUCGAUCUCAAGGCUGAGAUGAAGAAGCGCCUCGACAAUCUCGAGGAGCAAUACAAGCGCGAAAAACAACAGGCCGAUCAACAAUUCGAGGAGCAACGCAAAUCCUACGAGGCACGCAUCGAUGCGCUCCAAAAACAAGUCGAGGAGCAAUCAAUGACCAUGUCCAUGUACAGCAGUUACUCGCCCGAGGAUUUCCAUCAAGAGGAGGAUGUCUACACCAAUCCAUUGUAUGAGUCCUGCUGGACGGCACGGGAGGCUGGCUUGGCUGCUUGGGCUUUUCGCAAGUGGCGCUAUCAUCAGUUCACCUCUCUGCGCGAUGAUCUCUGGGGCAAUGCCAUAUUCCUCAAGGAGGCCAAUGCUAUUUCCGUCGAGCUAAAGAAGAAGGUGCAAUUCCAGUUCACCCUUUUGACGGACACGUUGUAUUCGCCGUUGCCACCGGAGUUGGCAUCGAGUGUUACGCCCACACAGCCGGAUGAUGAGUAUGGUGCACCACCAGUUUCCAAGACUCUCGUCGCUGUCGAGGUCACCGACACCAAGAACGGUGCCACUCAUUAUUGGUCCCUGGAGAAGUUACGCUAUCGACUCGAACUGAUGCGGCAGGUGUAUAAUGUCGAGAGUCCGCCUUCGUCGAUGCUCUUCGAUACCUCCAGCCUUGAGGGUGGAGCAUAUAUGAUGAUUGACUUGGGAGCACCACCACCAGCUCAGCAGGUGCCAAAUGUGGAGCCGGUGGCCGAGCUGAAGCCCCCACAAUUGCGACAGGCGGCAUCCCCAUCUCGUUUGACAUUGGCCAAUCUGAUACCUUCUAGACAACGCUUGGAGCUGAUGCGUGAAAUGUAUCACAAUGAGGCCGAGUUGAGUCCCACUUCACCCGAUUACAAUGUGGAGAGUUUGACCGGUGGAGAUCCGUUCUACGAUCGUUUCCCAUGGUUCCGAAUGGUAGGUCGCUCUUUCAUCUAUCUAAGCAACUUGCUGUAUCCGGUGCCGCUGGUGCACAAAGUGGCCAUAGUCAAUGAACGUGGCGAUGUGCGUGGAUAUUUGCGGAUUGCUGUGCAGCCGGUGCUCGAUGAGGAGUCCAUUGACUUCAAUAAUGGCGUCAAGCAGUCGGCUCGUCUCGUCUUCAACGAAGAUGACGCCAAGCCCAAGUAUCGGGCCCUCAACGAAAAGGACGAUGUGCAGCGCUAUAUUGACAAUGGUGGAUUGGACACCAAAUUGGAGGAACUUGAGGAUGCCGAUUCGGGCCGUGGCAUUGAUUCCAAUUCGGCAUCGGAGUGCCACGAGAAUGCCGAUGAGCCUGGGGAACAUCUGCAGGUGUGCAAGGAAUUCACCUUCCGUGUGACGGUGUUGCAGGCAACUGGAAUUGGAGCUGAAUACGCUGACAUCUUCUGUCAGUUUAACUUCUUGCAUCGCCAUGAGGAAGCCUUUUCCACGGAACCCGUUAAGAACUCUGCUUCGGGUGCUCCACUCGGUUUUUACCAUGUGCAAAAUAUAACGGUGCCCGUGACAAAGUCGUUUAUUGAGUAUUUAAAGACACAGCCGAUAAUGUUUAAGAUCUUUGGUCAUUAUCAGACACAUCCGCUACACAAGGAUGCCAAGCAGGAGUUCGUUUCUCGUCCACCACCAAGACGCAUGCUGCCACCAAGCAUACCAAUAAGUCAGCCAGUGCGCAGUCCCAAAUUUGGACCGCUGCCCUGUCCGCCAUCCUCGACCGUCUUGGCGAAGCAUGAUGUGCUGGUGUGGUUCGAGAUCUGUGAGCUGGCCCCCAAUGGCGAAUAUGUGCCAUCGGUCGUUGAGCACAGCGAUGAUCUGCCCUGUCGCGGUCUAUUUCUAUUGCAUCAGGGCAUACAGCGACGCAUACGCAUCACUAUUGUCCAUGAGCCGACGCCUGAGGUGAAGUGGAAGGACAUCAACGAACUGGUCGUUGGACGCAUACGCAAUACACCGGAGUCAUCGGACGAACAGGAUGAGGAUGCCUGUGUGCUAUCGUUGGGUCUGUUCCCCGGCGAGGUGCUCGAGGUGCCCGGUGAUGAUCGCUCAUUCUAUCGCUUCGAGGCGGCCUGGGAUUCCAGUCUCCACAAUUCGGCUCUACUCAAUCGUGUCUCGCAGGGCGGCGAGACUAUCUAUAUAACGCUCAGCGCCUAUCUGGAGUUGGAGAACUGCGCUCGUCCCGCCAUCAUUACGAAGGAUCUGAGCAUGGUCAUCUAUGGACGGGAUGCACGCACUGGACCACGUUCGCUGAAGCAUCUGUUCUCGGGACAGUAUCGCAAUCCGGAGGCCAAUCGCUUGUCCGGCGUCUAUGAGCUGUCGCUGCGUCGAGCAUCUGAAGCAGGUAGUCCAGGUGUACAGCGUCGCCAGCGUCGCGUAUUGGACACCAGUUCGACGUAUGUGCGCGGCGAGGAGAAUCUACAUGGUUGGCGACCACGUGGCGAUUCCCUGAUCUUCGAUCAUCAGUGGGAACUGGAGAAACUCACACGACUCGAGGAAGUGGGACGUAUGCGACAUCUGUUGCUGCUACGCGAGCGUCUGGGCAUGGACACAAAUCCCAAUCCGACCACCAAAACCGAGAAGGAUGUGUGCAAUCUGGCCGCAAGGGCGGCCACUUCACCCGUACACAUGGUUAUUCCACAGUCGCCGCAAACGCCCGUUAAGGAUCCGCAGAUGCAGAUGCUGCCCGAUCGGGAGUACAAUCAACGCGAGCAGGAUCUGAUGCUCAAGUGCUUGAAACUGGUGCAGGGUCGCUAUAGCAAGAACGAACCGAACGAUAACCAAACCAAUCAAGCGGAUGUCUCACCUAGCGAUGAGGGCUGUGCUGAUAUGACCGUCAGCUGCAUCUCCAGCAAUUCCAUGGAAAACAAGAAAUUUGUCAUACGACACAGAUUGUGCUCACCGGAUCGAUCGGACGCACCGAAUGGCUGGGAGGCACCUGCUCCGGCCACGCAGCCAGCGCUCCCCUUGCGCCUCUAUGUGCCCGAACUGGAGGAGAUUCGUGUCAGUCCCGUGGUCGCACGCAAGGGUCUCUUGAAUGUCCUGGAGCAUGGAGGCUCUGGCUGGAAGAAACGCUGGGUGAUUGUGCGACGUCCUUAUGUCUUUAUCUAUCGCUCGGAGAAGGAUCCCGUGGAGCGCGCUGUCUUGAAUCUGGCCACGGCACAGGUGGAGUGCAGCGAGGAUCAGGCUGCCAUGGUCAAGAUACCCAACACCUUUAGCGUGGUGACCAAACAUCGCGGCUAUCUGCUGCAAACGCUGGGCGAUAAGGAGGUGCAUGACUGGCUGUAUGCCAUCAAUCCGCUGCUAGCCGGACAAAUCAAAUCCCGUUUGGCGCGUCGCACUUUGGAGCCGGCAUCGCAGACGGCAUCGCAGAUCUCGGCCAGCAGUGCGGUGAAUGCGAAUGCGGCGAACAAAUGAGAUACGAUAACGAUGGAAUCCGUUUUGGUUUACUGAGACGCAGGCUAUGGCUGGCUGCAGCGACUGGACAUUAGAAGGCGUCUUCGUCUGAUGCGGCUGGCAGCAACUGAAUAAUCAUCAACUCUAUAUACACGUAUAUAAAGCAGCUGGAUUCCAUCGCACAUAUUGUUAUUGUGUACACUCAUAAAAAACUAAGUACAUAAGCAUACACUGAACAAAAGAAAGAUAAACGAGAGAAACACAACCAUAAGAAACAGGAGAUAUCCGAAUAUGCAAAGCGUACGUAAUUAUUAAGUAGUGCAACAUGAUUAAUUGAGUAAUUGUAUUUUAUAUUAUGUAAUCGAUCAUUAUUUAUGUCAGUCAGCCAAAGGAGUAGGCAACACUGUGUGUGCCACAAAUAUUGUGGCAUACUUUUUGGUGCAAGCAGCAGCAAUUCGACAAGAAGAAUAUGUUUUGUAAAUAGCUUUUUUGUUGUCUUUAUUUGUCGUUUCCGAAUUUGUAUAAAUAUUUGCCAUUAGUUAAUUAAUUUGUAAACGUACUUGAGUUAUUACUUGCCGAACAAAACAUUCAGUUUUCCGAGUGAUAUUAUAUGUUGAGAAUAGAACCUAUGUUCAAAAUAGUAAAUGCUUCAAAGACAACAACAAUGAGAACAACAACAAGAACAGCACACUCCAA